UUGACUGAGUAACUCUCUGCUGCCCCCAGGUGUCUACCAGUGUACGCACAAAGGUAAACACUCCUGUCUUAUUAGGAUGGAGACAAUUGCAUAACAUGUACAGUAUAUAAAUUUUUUUUUAUCAGGUAUUUAGCUCUGAAUUUGUUCGUCGAAUGUAGUUGCAUUGAAAGGAUUCUCCUUGCGCACCCUGUCAAUAAUACACACAAUUAGUUUCUGGGCAUGUUGCGGUGCUCUUAUAACUGAGUCACUGGCUGAUUACACAUGAUUGAUCAUUUAAUAGCUUUUCUAAUGGAAUAUACCUCUAUAGUAACUGAUGGAAAAGUAAACAAUAGCCAUUGGGGAAUCCAGUGACAGCAGCAGUGCACGUCAGAUUGGCAUCACUCCUCGCGCUCAAGGCUGUUCGCUGCACACGCACAGUGUAAAGAGCAGUCAGAGACAAGGGAUUGUAGUGGACAUUUCCCCAUUUCUCGAAAUGCAUAACUAGUGCAAAGUUUGUCAAAUGGUUUGCUUAUAAACUGUGCAAGAAAAAAAGUCUUGGCAGAAUAUUCCGGACUCGCACACAAUAUUUUGUUCUGGAAGACCCCGAGAAGUUGGAGAUAUGGAUUUUCGUUUUAAGGAGUGAAUUUCUCAAUUUGGAAAGCCCACCAUGCGCAGGUUGCCGUGCCUUGCCUCCGAGCCAAGAGGAGAAAUACCACUGUGCUACUGACAGGAAUUUUACGCGCAGCUGAACAAGGAUGCCAGAGGAGCUCGCAAACUGCAGUGUGUGUUGCUGUACCACGACCAGUAAGAUACUCAUGGUGGUCUUCAUGAUAUCACUGAUACUUGCUAUACUCUUCGGAAACCUCUUGACAUUAGCAGUGGUCUUUGGAACUAAACACUUCCACACUCCGCAGGGUUAUUUAAAAGCCUCACUGGCUGUAGCAGACCUGGCUGUGGGAAUUUUUGUGGUGCCCGUCUCCGUUUACGCAGAAGUAUCUCUCAUGAUGUACAAUUCCAUGCCAGAGUGGACAGCGCGCAAUUCCCAAACCACACCUUUCCACCCGUGCAAUUUCAUCGGACCUGUGUUUGCGGGAUGCACUUUAGUUUCUAUUACAACCAUUUUCCUCCUGACCAUUGAAAGGAGCAUUGCCGUUCUGAGGCCACUGCACAAGGAAUCAGUCAUAACUAAAAAAAGAACAAGCAUACUAAUAGUAUUUUCCUGGAUGGCCAGUUUUUUCCUGGCAACAUCUCCACUGGUUUUCAGCGAUGAAAUCGCACUGGAGUACAAUCCAUGCAGCCGCAUGUGCAAUUACGCGCUUGGAAGCGCUGACUUCCCUUCCCAAGCUUGGAACAUUCUCUUACUUUUUCCUGCCUUUGACUUUACGCUGCUCGGAGGUACUAUUGUCAUCAACAUCAUAUCCCUCACCACAAUCCGCCAGCAUUCAAAAAGAAGAAAACAUCUCGCAGAAACCGAGAGUCAAAGCUCAACGAAACCAACCUUCUCCGAUAUCAAGGCUGCCAAGACAAUAGGAACUCUAACGUUGGCGUUCACCGCUUCUUUCACUCCUAUCGCCGUGUUUGUAGUUGGAAAUGUGUUGGGAAACGAAUGGUGCAAUUUUGCUUUUUUUGCCUUUUGGAUUUUGACCUCGAACAGCUGCUGUAAUGUUAUUAUAUACGGCGUGAGAGACCAGAAGUUUAGAAGUCGCGCGUGUCAGCUGCUUAUAUCCGCACAGUUGAACACUGCGCCUAAAAAGACUGAGUAUGAAACCACUGUAAAUGGGGGAAAGGACAAUGAGGAGACAGUCAAGCAAACCUAAUUAAUGACAUACUGAGCAGUAGCCCGAUUUAGGUGGUGCUUACUGUAUUUAUUACAGGCCCCUUAAGCUAGUAUCUGGUUUCUAGCUGGACAUUAGAUGGACCAUGUUGGUUAAAAUGGCUUUUAGGUGGUUUGUUUCUGGUCCAGAACUCUUCUUUUAAAAAAAAGGUUCCAAAAGGGUGUUUUUGCAGUGAUGCCAUAUAAGAACCAUUUUUGGUUCCCCAAAGAACGUUUCAGUAAACAGUUCCUAAAAGAACCAUUUUGAAGAACAUUUUAAAAAUCUAAAGAACCUUUUUCGACUAUAAAGAACCUUUUCUGCAUUUGAAAGUUCCCAUAGAUGUACAAGGUUCUUUAUAGAACUGUUAAUGCCAAUAAAGAACCUUUAUUUUUAAGAGUGAAUGUCUACUAGAACAGCUAGAAACAGCUGCCAGCUUUUCCAGUCCCCCUGGAUUAACUUGAGGUUAUCUUUCUUCAAAACACGUUGAGGAUAUGGAUCAUUCCUUGUAAUCAAAUGUUUGAUUAGCAUCCUAGAUCUUUAAUCGUUAGGCCACAAAAUACCUGUUGAUGCCAGUGUGAUUUAAUGCCUUCAUAAACACCUGUUAAGUGGCAUAUACCACUAUCCUCAGGUCACCUCUUUUAAUUUAUUCUAAACUUUGCAUGACUUUGCAAGAUUUCACCAUGUAUUUGAAUAUAUCCAUAAGCAUGGAUCAUGAUGGUCCCAAAAAAUCUACACUGAGGUCAUACAUGGAUGCUUCUGUAGGGUAUUGAUUUCAUUUGGUAUCUUUUUCAUUGUGGAGAACUUGUGUGGCUUUAAUAAAAUGUGUGUAUAUAUAAAUACACUUGAUAAAAACUGAUACUUAUGUAAAGGAGAUACAAAUGUAAACACUUGGAAGUGUUUAAAAUACACAUUAUCAUAGGGUUAAGUGUUUAAUGGCUUAUGUAAUUUUCAUAAAAAGCAAGGAUAGUGCUAGAAGGUUGUGUCUUAACAGACAAAUCCAUUUUCUCAUCAGUGUAUUCAUAUCAUAUGCAUAAUUUGUUUCUCUUACACAAGGGCCAAGACAUAUCAAAAACACCAUGGUUGAUGUUCAAUGACUGCUGGUUUAUUAUUAUUUCAGGCCAUUAUUCUUUUGCACAGUUUUGUACUGUAUACAAUAAUGCAUUCUUCAUUAAAAUUCUGUUUUAAUUAAUUUGAUAAUUAAUUUAAAAUGUUUAUCUUUUAAGUAUGCUUCCCAUGGGCUUCCAUAUGGACAAAAAUACAAAGGAAGUCAAUGGGAACAGACACUGUUUGAUUUAAAAUAUCUUCUAAUAUGUGACCCAGGACCAUAAAACCAGUCAUAAGGGUCUUUUUUUUUUAUUAAGAUUUAUACAUCAUCUGAAAGCUGAAUAAAUAAGCUUUCCAUUGAUGUAUGGUCUGUUAGGACAACAUAUGGCAGAGACACAACUAUUUGAAAAUGUGAAAUUUAAGGGUGCAAAAAAAUAAAUAAAUCUAAAUAUGCAAUGCAAUGCAUAUUACUAAUCAAAAGUUAAGUUUUGAUAUAUUUACAGUAGGAAAUUGAUAAAACAUCUUAAUGGAACAUGAUCUGUACUUAGUGUCCUAAUGAUUUUUGGCAUAAAAGAAAAAUUUAUCAUUUUGACCCAUACAAUGUAUUUUUGGCUGUUACUAGAAAUAUACCCGUGCUACUAGUUUUGUGGUCCAGGGUCACAUAUGUUCCACAGAACAAAAAAAGUCAUACACCCUUGAAACAACAUGAGGGUGAGGUGGUGAUUUUCAUUUUUGGGUGGACAAUCCCUCUAACUAUACUAUACAUAUUUUAUCAAAAUGAUGCAAUAUAUCGACCAGCUCAAUCUCCGUGCUUUACACGUGCCUUAAUGGCUCAAAUGGACAACUUACCCAACAAAACCUCUUAUCUCUCAGCAUGCAAAUACACUCACACAGAUGCAAUGCAACUACACGAUGCAUCUGAAGAUCCAGCAGAGUAGGCAAAUGUUAGCCAUGUUAAUCUUAAGUCAGAAUUUUGCUAAACCGCCUUUAAUCUUGUUUCAGAGAUUACUGUCUGGUGAAUCUCCAAUCAUUCGUCCCCCUCAUAGAUGUGACAAGCCUGGAGGGUCCAGUUUUGAACCCAGGGGCUGUCCAAUUCCCAUAAGACCUUGGGAGGAGGGCAGAUGGCCUGGCUUUUGCAUUUUUUUUUUUUAUUUCAAUGUCAUUUCAGUGGAGCAAUAGCAAGAUUGUUAUUUAUCACAACAAAAUAUGGCAGCUGCCUUACUCAUAGGGCCUCUGGUAAACAAUGCGUUUCAUUUGUUUUUUUAC